AUGUUGGUCUCUAGCAAGCAGUUGCCGAUUGGCCGUUCCCAGAGCUGGGACGUACUGGGUGGCAAUGAAAGUCAGUGGGAACGGAGCGAGAAUAUGUACGAGCAGCAAAACAGGACAACUGACCGACGGAACUCCUUCGGAGGGGAUGCUGGAAGUUUGUAUGAACCACCCACUGGUGUGCGCCCCUCUGACAUGGAUAUGAAACGGGAGCCGUACCAUUACCAGUUGUCACUUUAUAAUCAAAAUUAUGUGGAUCGACUAGAUCCCUGCAAGAUGAGAGAGAAUUCUGUUCCUGAGCUGAAUAGUCAUUAUGAACGUCCACCCAUGACCCAUCGUGUUUCUCUAACUCCACUGGAUCCUUACCAGCAAGAUCCUGCAGUGUUUUCCAGGUCAUCUGAUGGCUUUAAUUGUGGAGAACGAAUGCCGCUUAACCAGUCGGCUUCCCAUUAUGUUAUGAUGGGAAGGAAUCAACCACUUUGGAACCAGAACCAAUCUGGGAGGUCUAGUGUGCCUGCCCCGACUCCAGCACCACCUCCUACACACAUUUACGGGGAGCCAUGCCUUCCUGGCCCCCCACCUGCCACACCACUAGCCAAAAUGAUGCCAGAAAGCCAGCGCAUACCUAGCCGAGCACCGUCUCCUGCUCGCUAUGCCAUUGAGGCAGCUAAUCCUCGCUAUGAGGCUGAGGCCCCCACUUCUCUUCCUGGGUGCUCAAUGUAUAGUGAUCUUAAUGGGAGACCGGUGGAUCAAAGUCAGCCUGUAGCCACCUGCUUGGUGAUGGGUUCAUCUUCUCAAGGUAUGGUUAUGCAGCAGGAAAGCCCUUCAUCAUGUGUUUUAGGACAACAGCAACAGACCCAACAACAAAAACAGGAACCAGCUCAGCAACAGUUGCAGCAGCAAAUGCAACAAGUUCAGUCAUUUCAUCAAGCACAGCAGUUUCAACCAGUUCAACAACCACAACAAAUACAGUCAGUUCAACAACCACAGCAAACGCAAUCAAUCCAGCAACUGCAGCAAAUGCCACUUGUGCAACAAACCCAGCCUGCACAAUCUGUUCAGCAGGGGCAACUUGUGGGACCACUGAAUCCUAUAUGCGACCCUAACCCUCUCUUGCCAGCUCCUGCCUCAGUGACCACUUCGGUCACAGCUGUUAUCCCUGCUCAAGGUCCUCCUCAGCUCCCCACCCAACCUGCUCCUCCUCCAACACCUCAAAACUCAAUGGCUCCUGUAGACCCCAAGAAGACAGCUGACCCAGAGUUUGUGGCAUUUCUACGUAAUGAAGGUUUAUCAGAGUGCACUAUAACCUCUCUGUUACAGCAGGGCUUUGAUUCCACUGCAAUGUUAGCUGUUAUGGAACAGAAUGAUAUUCACUCUGUUGCACCCAACUUGGGGCAGGCACGCGUUCUCUCUCGUGUGGCAGUUAGUUGCAAACGUCCUCCAGACAUCACUCAGCACCAGAGUGCCCCAGUACGAGGACGAUCCAACAGUUUCAGCCAUCGCAGUGACUUGUACAUGCACCAGCAACCACCAAUGACUCCGCCCUUGUAUCAGCCACCCUUGAUGCCAGUCCAGACCAUCUUCCCCAGGAUGGCUGAAGUCAUGGGCCGUAGGCCUAGUAGUGCUCCCUCCCAGCACCUUCUAGAGGCUAGUGGAUACCCUGUAACAAGGACACCAGGGUCUUUCAGUAGUGCAGUGCUGCCUGUUCAACAUCAUACUCUGUCUGCUUACGCUCCUCAAGCUGGCCUACCUAUGCCAUCUUUGGCAGCAGUGUCCCAGCAAGUUCCACUUCCAUCACGCAUAUCAGGAGUGCAACCACAAAUCCUUGGUUUGCAACAAAUGCCAGCCCCUGUGCAUGGCAUGCCACAACAAACACCAGCACUGACUGGACUGCCACAGUCAGCAACCAUGCCCACUCUGCCAGCAAAGCAAGCCCCCAAAGCAUACUCCACCAACUACACUGUACCCAUGGAGCUGAUGAAGAGGGAUCGAAACCUGGCCACAAUGUCUAGCCUGUCCAAUCCACAGCCAAGCCCCCAUAUAAUGCGGAAGACUGGGUUAGCACCUCAUGAGAAUUCCCUGGUGCCUGUAGGUGCUGUUAUACAGACUCCUAGCCUUGCCAAUCAGAAGCUUUCACGACGUACUGGACCCCCUGUUAUUGUCUCCACCAUGGCAUCACCUGACACAAGUAUAAGGCCACAAAUCAUGAACGGACCGAUGCAUCCUCGGCCGCUGGUUGCUCUGCUGGAUGGACGGGAUUGUACAGUAGAGAUGCCCAUCCUCAAAGAUUUGGCAACUGUGGCCUUCUGCGAUGCCCAGUCCACACAGGAGAUCCAUGAGAAGGUACUAAAUGAGGCAGUAGGGGCAAUGAUGUACCACACCAUCACACUCACCAGAGAAGAUCUGGAGAAAUUUAAAGCCUUGCGCAUCAUCAUCCGCAUUGGCAGCGGCUACGAUAACAUCGACAUAAAAGCUGCUGGAGAAAUGGGCAUCGCAGUGUGUAAUAUCCCGUCCGCAGCUGUAGAGGAGACUGCAGACUCGACCCUCUGUCACAUCCUGAACCUGUACCGGAGGAACACUUGGCUGUACCAGGCUCUCCGGGAGGGCUCACGGUUCCAGAGCAUAGAGCAAAUCAGGGAACUGGCGUCAGGAGCAGCUCGCAUACGCGGAGAAACUCUCGGACUCAUAGGUUUUGGCCGAACGGGUCAGGCGGUAGCGGUUCGGGCAAAAGCAUUUGGCUUCAAUGUGAUAUUUUACGACCCAUAUCUGCAGGAUGGUUUAGAACGCUCACUAGGUGUCCAGAGAGUGUACACCCUCCAGGACCUGCUGUACCAAAGUGACUGUGUGUCUCUGCAUUGUAAUCUAAAUGAACAUAACCACCACUUGAUCAAUGACUUUACCAUCAAACAGAUGCGGCAGGGUGCGUUCCUGGUGAACUGUGCACGUGGGGGUCUGGUGGAUGAGAAAGCUCUGGCUCAGGCCCUGAAGGAAGGAAGAAUCCGUGGAGCUGCUCUGGAUGUGCAUGAGUCAGAACCAUUCAAUUUUACACAAGGUCCACUGAAAGAUGCUCCCAAUCUUAUCUGCACGCCUCACACAGCCUGGUACAGUGAGCAGGCCUCACUAGAGAUGCGAGAAGCAGCUGCCACUGAGAUAAGAAGAGCGAUCACAGGUCGUAUUCCAGACAGCCUUAGAAACUGUGUCAACAAAGAGUAUUUUAUUGCCACUACAUCGUGGGGAGCAGCAGAGCAGCAGGUGCAUCCAGAGCUCAAUGGUGGUGCAUAUAGAGUGGCCCAACCGUUACCUGCCAUAUCUCCUGGUGGCCUGCAAGACAAAAUGUAUACCUAAACCCAACCAGACAUGCCCAGGGUCCGGUGGGGAUGACUUCUGGAGGACCAGAAGAGGGCACAAAGCCAGGUGGGGGUCCCAGUGCCCAUGCCCUCUCCCUGCCACCAAGCCCCCCCAGCCCAACCAUACCCCCUGCCUGAAUCAAUCCUACACACAACGUGAGCACAGAGAACACACACAACCAAACGCAGGGAGGUGUUUAUACUGCUACUGAAUAACUCACGGCACAGUUCACAUAGCGAGUUAACGGCAAACCAGGGACAAGAAGAAGUAAAAUUAUCUAGGAGCUACAGCUAACAGCAGUGGGAUCAGCUCAGACAUGCAGCGUGGAGGCGUCCUUUUGCUCCUGUCUCUUGUCUUGGGAUUUUAGAUUUUCUUGGUUGUAGUUAUUUUCGUUCCAGACGUUUUCCCUCCAUAUGUAUGCUUUUACCUUACUUGUCUUCUUGGGACUGUGUGCAUGGACAGGUGGGCAAGAUUUUUAGUCCACUCGUUGAAUUUUCAAAGGAAGUUUGGCAUCACGUGUCAGUCAUCCCUUCUACCACCAGCCUUGAGCGUCCUGAACAAAACACUUGUAGAUGCAUUUAGUCUGUUAACCUGUGUUUCUUUCUAUUUUCUUGUUGUCUCUUACUUUUAAACCAAACAAAUUAUUACUUGUCCUUUUAAUUCUGUGUUAAAGUGAUUUGAUUCUAUUGGUAUAUAGUGUAUUUAUCAAAAAGCAAAGACAAAAGGUUCAAUUGCUGAUGACCUCAGUGUGGACACCCCCCCCCCCCCCCCCCCUUUCUUUACUUGGCCUUGUAACCAGUUUGAACCUUAUUAAUUAGACACAACCACAUGAGUCUAACAAUCACCAGCCCUAACGUUCAGGCCUUUUUGUAUUCAUUUUCACAUAACACGGGCGUGUCAGAUUUAUUGAAUUCAUUGAGGAAAAUUUAAUUUCUUUUUUUGGUCUGAUAAUAAGACUAUGGAUGGCAGCUCACAGUGAAGGUUAGGAGCCGCAUGCCACCCUGCUCAGGAAACACUUUUCUUCUUUCAUGUCUGAGUAUCAUAAAAUAAGCAUCACAUCUCUGGUUAUUCUACCAUCUACUUUUCCUCACAUCACUCUCUUGCUGAUAUUUUUAUAGAUGUAAAAUAGAAAAUAUUUUGAUGUUGCUGUUAGAUUUGUAUUACCAUAGUAUGCAAAACUUUUUUUUUUCCUUUUUUUUUUUUUUCCUUUUGUGAGUUUUAUGACACCACGUGGAGUUCAUUUUAUCGUUACUGAAAUGUGUGUUCCUCAGCCCACUUUGCCAGUACAUGUAUAUUAGGACAGUGGGAUAUGUUUGUGUUUGUUUGUUUCUUGUACCAAGCAUCCAUGACCGUACAAAUAAAAUAAAAUAAAAAAGUGCCA